GGAGCCCAACUUGAGCGGAUUCCCCUUUAAACUUGGUAGCAUCAAUUAGGGUUUAAGAGUUGCUAUUCUUCAUCUUUCUCUCACUCUCUCCUCUCGCCGUCUCGUUGCUUCCAGCGAAUCUCAUCUUGCAACAAUGGCGGAACAGACUGAAAAAGCUUUUUUGAAGCAGCCUAAGGUGUUUUUGAGCUCGAAGAAGACUGGAAAGGGAAAGAGGCCUGGGAAAGGAGGAAAUCGUUUCUGGAAGAGCAUUGGUUUGAGCUUUAAGACUCCCAGAGAAGCUAUUGAAGGAACAUACGUUGACAAGAAAUGUCCCUUCACCGGUUCUGUUUCAAUCAGGGGACGUAUUUUAGCUGGUACUUGCCACAGUGCGAAGAUGCAGAGAACUAUCAUUGUUCGUAGGAACUACCUCCAUUACAUCAAGAAAUACCAAAGGUAUGAGAAGAGACACUCAAACAUCCCUGCACAUGUGUCACCUUGCUUCCGUGUCAAGGAAGGAGACCAUGUUAUCAUUGGUCAAUGCAGGCCUAUCUCAAAGACAGUGAGGUUCAAUGUGUUGAAGGUGAUUCCAGCUGGAGCUGCUGCUGGAGGAAAGAAGGCUUUUGCAGGACUGUAAGGUGUUUUUGGACAGAUUGUGGUGUAGCUAGGAUCUGUUUUGGGGCUUGAAAUUUAGUGAUAUUUUGCAUGACCCUUAAUUUUGAUACUUUGAAAUCAGUUUUAUGAUUACUCUAUAUUACGUCUCUUUGGUAUAAUCUUGGGAAAUUGUAGUUCAAAUAUCUUUAUAUUGUCAAAUGUUUUGUUUUAGGACCUACUGUACGUUGUUUUGCAAUAUUAUUACUGCAAUCACAUCCUUUCAGCUUUCUCUA